AUGUUCCUAUUGGUUGACCAAGAAGUGUCCCUCCUUCUCUUCUCAGACUUAGUUCACUUCCUAAGCUUACCUGUUACCAAGACAUCUCACCAUGAAGAAGAGUUAGUAACCCUCAGCACUGGAACCAUCAUUGGUGCUGCAAUAGGAGGAGUUGGGGCUGUGAUUGCUGCUCCCAUAGCCCUAGGUAUUGUGGGCUUCACUGGAGCAGGAAUUACAGCAGGAUCCUUGGCAGCCCAGAUGAUGUCAUCAGCAGCAAUCGCCAAUGGGGGUGGAGUUGCAGCAGGAAGCCUGGUAGCCACACUGCAGUCAGUGGGGGCUGCUGGACUCUCUACAACAUCCAAAAUCAUCCUGGGCUUUUUUGGGUCAGCUGUUGGGGUAUCUGUUGAGGAAGCUGCUGAAGCCUUGCUUAAAUUUAUUAGACGAAAGUGGGACCGGAAGAACAAUAAAUAG